UCUACAAGCCCAAACAAAAUAGAAUUGAAAGCCCAAUUUUGACAUAUUAUUACAUAUGGCGUUUGUACAAUAAAGAAAGAACGUAAAUAUACAGUGCAUAGGUAAAAACGGGUACAUUUACUUCUACUCUUGUGAAAUAUGUUAAUUAAUGCAUCGUUUGCUAUUUAACAAAAAGUAAACAGAACUUUAAAGAAUAAUAUUGUUGUACGAAGACGUCUGAACAGAAUGGCUGAAAGCAACGAAGAAGCGUCGAGCUGGUCGUGGGGAUCUUGGAUUAAUUCAGCCAAGACAAAGUCUGCGUCGGUUUUCGAAGCUGUUAAACAAGAUCUUAAUGAAUUAUCAACAGCUGUUUCGAAUGCUGGCCAGGCCAUUGGCGAAACGUUGAAACUGGACGAACCAGAGUCGACGGCAAGCACAGUGAAGAAAAGUCUUAGUACAUUUUUCGGUCAAGUAACCGAAGCACUGAUACCAUCGCUGGAGGAUGACGAUACCGAAGCGGUACUCAUCACCACCGAUGGAACGAUAACAUUAACUGGUUUCCACAAGCACUUAGCUGAAUUACAACGGAACGACGAAACGUAUCUCAAACCGCCCGAAGCUCAACUAAUAGAAAAUUACAAUCGAUGGAUCGAGGUGACCGAACAGGAUCAGUUCACGCAAAGUCGGCUGGACAAGCACCUGGCGAAUAGUGAAAUUCUGACUAAGAAAUAUGAGUGUUUUGUGCCUGACCAAGUGCCGCACAUGGAAUUCUGGAAACGAUAUCUGUUCAAGCGAGCCAUACUGGAAGAUGCACUAGCCAAUGCGGAAAUUGCCGAACGAAAGGCCCGAGCUGAAAUCGAUUCGACGAAGCCGGUGUCGCCGAGGAAAGCCGGUUCGAUUAUCCAAACGGAACAGCCCAAGAAAACGGUAGACGAUCAUGACUUGGACGGCAUUGUCGAAGAGAAACCGAUUUCGGUCAUCGGUGGAAAGGAGUGGACGGGCGACGAUUUCGGUAAUGUGGAUAUAUCCGAAGAGGAACAGGCCCGUUUGCUGCAAGAAUAUGAAGCUGAGAUCCAGGAACGAGAAAUGAAGAAAAGUUUGAUCGUCCCAUUGGAAGAGAAGCUCAAACAGGAGGAGGCGGAACGAAAAGAGAAAUCGUCCGGAAAGCAAGUCAUCCAACAGAAGAAGAUUCAGACGAAAAAUCAAGCACAAAACAAAAAGGACCAAACCAAACCAGUAGCCACUAACGAUUCAGUAAAGAAAUCAACGACACAAUCAAAACAAUCAAAGACUAACAAGCAACAGGCCGACAAAGUAGCGAAACCAGCCAAGUCAGCUGAUGACGAUUCGAAAGAUUCUGACGAAAGUUGGGAAAAAGAUUUCGAUUUGAAUGAGAAGUGAAUUUCGUCAUCGUUGCGUGUCCCACAAUUGGUUUUACUGAUUCGAGAUAUUUCGUUCAAUAUCGUUUCUUUCCAAAUGCAUUUUUUCCGUAUUGGUAUAAUUAUAUGUAAUGUUAUGUCUCUACCGACCGAACCUAUUUUCUAAUGAUUUUUCAUUUGCUUCAAUAAAAUUAGUUCGAAAAAAAGAAAAUUAAAAUUUUAAAUUUUAAAAAAGAAAAAUUUAUUUUCGAUUUCAGUUGUCAUUUUUUACCGAUUUUUAAUUUGUUUCAAAAGUGAGAAUUGAAUUGAAUUUAGACUAUUUAUAGAGAAGAUUUUUAUGAGAUACUAAAGUGUUAUUAAUAUAAAAUUAUGAAAAAUAAACAACAAAAAAAAGAUUAAUUAAUCAA